CGCACGUCUCCAAAGACACCAGAGCGAAGUCAGAUCGAGCGGGCAGGCUUGCCACGCCAAGCCGUGCCAUGCUUCUCUUUCCUCUCUGCACGCAUUCACUUCAAUCACACCGCCACCCUCGUAGGACAGGUUCGCAGAGGGCGUCGCUGAUGCACUGCAAGCAGCAUCGAGGCUGACCUCGAAAGGAAGAAGGUGCCGACGCUCGCGGCGACGAAAGGAUGCCUCAAGUCGACGCUGAAGAAUUUCAUGCAGCGGUGUACGACAUUUGUCGUCUGAUUCCGCGGGGACGAGUCACUUCGUACGGCCACAUUGCCAAGCUCGCUGGACAUCCCAAUCAUUCGCGCAUGGUGGGAACAGCGCUGGCCUUGCUAGGUCAGGAAGCUUCUCUGGAUGCCUUGCCGGGCGAGGGUGGCGGCCACAAUGUCCCUUGGCAGAGGGUUAUAUCUUCCAGCGGACUCAUAUCCCUUCGUGGUCCUGGAGAUGUCGGAGCUUCGAGGCAAGCAGAGAGACUUAGAGCCGAAGGAGUAGAGGUGACACAAGCGCCAGGAAUUAGUCAGUAUAGAGUCAGCUUCUCGGAUAGCGCUGGUUACGCUUGGUUCCCCGCUUCUCUUGCGGAAGCCAGAGCUCUGGCUACGACAACGUGACGCUCCACUCGCAAACUUUGGCGAAAGUCUUUCUUCAUUUGGCACGUUUAUUUGUUUAUACCACAAGCUACAGCCAGACGCCUUUAAGGAGCUUUUACGUCCCCGGACCUCGGGAAGCAAGCGAUGUGAAGGACGUGAGGAGACGUAUCCUUCAUCCUCGUCGAACACGGCAUGCGGAUAGCACGCGCCGGGCAGGUGACACGGCUGAACUUCGCACUUCAAGCAUCAGGUCGAGCGCUGGCUUUUAGUAGCUGCAGAAAGGGUCGGCAAGCGCGAUCACAGCCAGCGCAUCUGCCUCUUACGAUGAUCAUUCCCACGCACAUCAGCGUCGUCCAAAAACUUUCGUCUGAGAAGCGUCUUGCAUGUGUAAUAAUCGGUCGAGAACGUGGAAGCAAAGCACGCGUGUCCAUACAAAUUGCAAAAAUGUCCGUGAC